AUGGCGAAACGAGACGCAAGGUUCAGCACUGAUGUGCUGAUUGACACUACGCCUAUGCCCGACCACAUCCCUAAAGUAGAGGAGAUCGGAGCCAGUUCAGCACCAUUACUGAGCGCCUCUUUCUUCAUUGGGGCAAGAUGUCGACCUUACAACGAUGACUAUAUGCAGUGUAAGACCGAGGCGUACGGUCGGGGAGAGUUGGAUUGCAUGCGGGAAGGGAGGAAAGUUACGAGAUGUGCGGCGAGUGUAUUGGCCGAUAUCAACAACAACUGCCUGGAGGAGUUUAGAGCACACUGGAGUUGUCUAGAGAACAAUAACCACCAACUAUGGCAAUGUCGACGGCCGGAACGUGUGCUCAACAGAUGUGUCUUCCAGAAAAUUGGCCUGGAGAAGACUAUUCCCGACACGCCAAAAGGCCAAACGCCAGUUCAUCUCCGGGACAAGCAACUUUUCGCAGAUCACCCGCAAGUCGUUAUGCCGUGGGAGAAGGAUGUUGGGGUCAGAAAGAAGGACGCUGCUCAACCACAGUGA